UAACAGAACAGAGCAGUCCUCCGUUUACAGGCCGUCGUGCUCGACACCAAAUCAGUGGACUCCUGAACCCAAAACCUGCAAACUCCGCCGGGAUUUCCAAAAAAUGUGGAGAAGCUCCGCGAUUUCGAGUUUCUAUUCCAAGUUCACUUCCUUCUACAAUCCUAGUUAUUACUACGCAACGUCUCCAUCCAUCUUCACCGUCGACGGCGUCGUCCGACCCGUGUUCUCUACCUCUCAACAUCAGUGUAUACGCUCCUUUUCGUCAUCAGCAGCACCUUCUCCUUCCUCAUUGACUAAGUUAGGAUUUCUCAACGACGGAAUUGAUGCGAUUCAGCCUUUGGCAUCUAAGGCCCUCGAGAUCGCUCGCCAUUACGGUCGUUGCUAUUGGGAGCUUUCGAAGGCUCGUCUCAGCAUGCUUGUGGUAGCAACGUCAGGGACUGGAUAUGUACUGGGGAGUGGAAAUGGCAUUGAUUUUGCGGGUCUUUGUUGGACCUGUGCUGGAACCAUGAUGGUUGCUGCUUCAGCUAACUCCUUGAAUCAGGUGUUUGAGAUAAAAAAUGAUGCAAAGAUGAAGAGAACAAGGCGAAGACCACUACCUUCUGGGCGCAUCACUGCCAAACAUGCAGUCAUCUGGGCAUCUUCCGUUGGUUUAGCUGGCACUGCCAUAUUAGCGUUCAAGGCUAAUAUGUUGGCGGCUGGUCUUGCCACUUCCAAUCUUAUUCUCUAUGCCUUUGCCUAUACUCCAUUGAAGCAGAUUCACCCUGUAAAUACAUGGGUCGGGGCUAUUGUUGGUGCUAUUCCACCCCUUCUUGGAUGGGCCGCAGCUUCAGGCCAGGUUUCCCUCAAUGGGAUGAUUCUCCCAGCAGCUCUCUACUUUUGGCAGAUUCCCCAUUUUAUGGCCUUAGCAUAUUUGUGCCGCAAUGAUUAUGCUGCAGGAGGGUAUAGAAUGUUCUCUCUAGCAGAUCCUUCUGGGCAGAGAACUGCUGCAGUGGCUCUAAGGAACUGCCUCUAUCUAGUCCCUUUGGGGUUCAUAGCCUAUGACUGGGGCCUGGCGUCUGGAUGGUUUUGUCUUGAAUCCACAUUCAUUACUCUAUCAAUAAGUGCUACAGCAUUUUCAUUCUACCAUGACCGGACAACUCGAACAGCCAGGAGAAUGUUUUAUGCUAGCCUUCUUUACCUCCCUGUAUUUAUGUCUGGGCUCUUAUUUCAUCGAAUCUCUGAUAGUCAGCAACUUUUUGCGAAUGGUUCAAACAUGGUUGAUGAGCAUUCACCUUCAUCGGAAAAUAUUGUAGAAGCGGCUGAAGGUGCUGAUUGGAAGAACGAGGGGGGGCAAUCUACUACUGAACUACAAGCGCGGCCACCUGUAGCAUAUGCCUCCGCUGCACCAUUUCCUUUUCUUCCAGCUCCCUCUAUGCAACACCUUGAUGUAUUUUGAAUUUCAUAUUUCCUUGUAAACUUUCUAAUUUCACCCAUUGUUGAGUGAAACAAGCAAAAUUACAAGGGCAUUAUUAUGAAUAAACAAGUUGUUAUGCA